GGACAGUCUCAAAGGCGGCACUCAAGUCUAAAAGAACUGAAACAGAAGAUUUCAGCAUCAGCUCCAAUCAGCAAACCAUUGAGGACUUUAAGGAGUUCAGUCUCUGUGCUGUGCUUUGCCCUAAAUCCAGACUGGUGUUCCUCAUGGAGCUCAUUGUUAUUUAAAAUGGAAAUCAGUUAUUUCAGGAGCCUUGGAUAGAAACAGAAGUUACACAAUGGGUCUAAAAUUAUGAAGAGAAUUUGGGUCUAUUGAGGGUUUCUUCAGUCUUGGAUGAACUUGUGAAUUUUUUUUAAAUCAGUAGGAACAGUACCAAUUAUCAGCCAUGAGUUUAUCAUGGAGAGGAGAUAUGAACUGAUUGGCUCAUAAACCUCUUUCUAAAAUCUCACAGGCAUGAUGUCAAGAGCACAGGAGGAGGGUUUCAUUUUAUGAAUCACUUUCGUGAGGGUAAAUAUUGAAGCAGAGUGAAAAGACUGAAAGACAGCUGUAGUUUGAAAAGAAGCAGUUUGGUUUGAAAGAGGGGGAGUAUCAUGUCUGUUAAGUUUCCAUUAUUUUGUCACAUUCAUAUUUCAUGUCUUGUCUUUCCUGUUUUAUUUUGGAGUCACUGACCCUUGUCCCUGUUUCAGUUAUGUUCCUCUCCCGUCUCUCCCCGCUCCCAUCUUGUCACACCUGCCUCCUGAUAGUGUCUCCUCACCUGUUUCCCAUCACCCUUAUUACCUCUUGUAUUUUACCUCAUGUCUCUCACAGGCUGUUUUCGAAUUGGCCUACUGCAUUCUCCUGCCGACUACAGUAUGUAGUAGAUAUUGCAUACUGAGUAUUGUGUUUGACAUUAGUAUGCAGUAUGACCGCAAGUCGGCCGUUAUUAUGUAGUAUGCUUGGCCCGGAUCAGCUGGUUUUUGGUAUGGAAAGGUUCAUUGUACCCUGGUUUAUAGCAAAGACACGAAAGUGUUGACUAUUCAUUUACCCACUGGAAAAAAUCUUUUAUGUGUUUUAAUUGGAUUUUGGGGGGAUUUUUCAGCCCGAUACCAGCCAUCAAAACGUGCUCUGUCCAUGCAAUGACUCGUCGAUCUGACAGCAUUUCAUUCUCAUCAAGGCACUGUGAAUACAGCAAAGUUAUGUUUAUGUUGCCAUCGUUUCCUGCUUAAAUGAAAGAAGUUGCAAUCCUUCCUGAAUAUGUUAAUUGAUGGCAUCUGCGUGGUGUGGUCUUAUUUUCCUUUGUCCCGAUAGUUUGACAACUACAAUGAAAACCCUGUAAUACAAACUCCUGUCCCCUGUUAAUUUAUUUCAAAUACCAUCUUGGCUGCUGAUUGAGUCAGACUCCUUUAACGUUUACUCACCUCUCUACAUUAAAGCUUUAGUCGCCUCUAAUGCCAGCUGUCUGUCCAGCUGUGUGAUGUAAACAUCACUGAUGGCACGCGCUGUGAUGUAAACAUUAUGCAUACCAUACAGUAUAAAGGAUGAGGAGAAGCAGGAACAUUUGAGGCAAUGGUAAUAGAGGAUAAAAACUGUACGGUAUGGGAACAAAACAUGGCACUCUUGUCAGUGGUUUGCACAAAUAAUGCGGAAAGAAGGAGGAGUAUGCAGUAUGUACUGUAUACUGUACUGCGGUCAGCAGAAGGCCAAUUCGAAAACAGCCUGUUAAAUCUGAUAUAAGAUAUCUCGGUUUGUCAUGAUGAAAGAGGAUUUGAUGUAUUCUAAGUGAAAACAAAAUUACAUCUGUAUUUGGUCUGUAGAAGAACUUUUUGUCUUUCAAAGCAUCAUGUGACAAAAGACUGUACUAAACCAACACAGACAUGAUAAAGAAUUCAACAAAAUGUAAGAUUGCAGGAUAAUAAAUUUGCAUGGGCGCUGCAUAAUUAUUUCCCCAACACCUGCUGACUAAGAACAUAUUGCUUUCUUAAGACUGGCAUCAGUAUCAUCUUCUUUUGUGUGCAAAAGAAGACUUUUGAGUUUAAACAACAAAAAGUGCUGCUCAGCACAGAGUCACAUUUUAGUCACAAAGUUUCUGAGUGAUUUAACACCAACACAACUUCUCUACUUGUUAAAGACAUGAGGCUAGUUUUGAGUUUUUCUUGUUCCAUGACUGUAUGAAUCCCAAACUGAAGAGUCCUUUGAACUACCACGUCUUUAAUCUAGGAAGCAUUUUAUCUCAGUGUUUUUUUUUCUUUCGAGGAUAUUCUGAUGAAGACUUUGUGCUUAACAUAAAUUCAUCUCAAAAGACUGAAGCAGACAGGACAAGGACAGGAUUCUCACAGGGUCUGUAUCAGGUCUUGUUGUAUUUUUUUUUAUUUCUAUUAUGUACUAUAGUGUUCUUUAUCAGCCAACUGGUGUGUUUUUCCUCUUUAAGCUCAAUAGCUGUUCUGUAAAAGCAAAAACUAACUUAAUAUUUUUGAAUGAAUAAAAUGUCUUUCUGCAGUUAUGAAUUUUGUGAAAUGACGUGUUUAAACUUGAAAUUUGGAACAAAUGUUUUCAACACAAUGAUGCAACAUCUGUCUCAGAGGACUUGAAAAAAGGUGAAGAAAAGAUUAAACAAUGUGAAACGACACAAGUCUGAAUUAGUGUAAAAAAAAGUAGUCGAAAAAGAUUGAAAGCAAAUGUUCAACUGAGGCCUUAUUCACUUUGCACAACUACUUCAUAUUAUCUUUGGCUAUCAACAAUACUUUUUCUUUUAUUGUUUGUCACAUGCAGUCUUGUAAUUCCCUCAUAUGCAGUAAGAAAAAAUUUAAAAAUCAUAAUGUUACCAUCAGAGAGCUAUCAUCAACCCACCGUGAUUGAGAACAUUGGUGUGAAAAAAAAACUGUGUUUGAAGCAGCUGAAACUCAGGCCCAUGUGGAAACUGCCUUCAGCUUUGACCAUUUAGAUGAAGGAGGUGGUUUCAAUAUCAAAACAGUAAGAGUUUGCUGUCAGUUAGACUGAAACAGGUCCAAUCAGUAAUGGGCUGUCUAAUUUUUCUGGUUGCAAAAGAAGUGGUCUGAUACUGUUAAAAAACACGGUGAAGAGAAUUUGAUGAAUUAACAUAUUUAUCACCUCCUUAUCUAAUGUAGAUUUCCCCCAAUACCAUCUAAACAGUAAAUAAUAAUUGUGAUCUAUAAAUAUAAUUGUGCCUGUAUUCAAAAUCAAAUUCAAUCUUUUAUUUUCUUUGGGGAUAUUUUUUCACCAUAAAACUCAGAUCAUUUUGUAUUUUUGUGAAUACAAACCUUUGCAAGAAAAUAUUUAAUUUUCAGUGAAAUGGAUGAUUAAAAGUACUGAACAUUUCCAAUAAAAGAAUAUAAAUCCCUGUAGCAGCUGAGCCCCCUUAAAGGUCUGACCAUGACACCGCCCCUGGCAUACGGAUGAACACGGGACAUAAAGGAGUUUCACCUCAAUCAACUGCUUGUUUUUAACCUUGAGAUUCAUUUUACAUACGGCAUGAUAACGGUAGAUAUGCAGAGUGUAAUACGAUAUGUCUUGUAUGAGAUAUUUUGGAGGAUUUUUUUAAAAUCAGCUUUUAUUUUGAUAGCCAACGUUUGUGUCCGUUUCCUCGUUUUGUCUGGAUGGGGUUUGUGACUGUUACAGUGCGUCACUUAGUUUGUCAUGGACAGGGAAAACUUCAGCUGGGUGAUAAUAUGUAAUUAGUAAUAAAUUAUUCAAGAGUUAGAUUUGAUAGCCUGCUGUCAAAGCUAAUAACCACAAAGCACACCGCGACUGGAAACUCAACAUGACUGAGGAGCAACAGGUGAUACAACAGCAACGGCCGCCUUACAUAGCAACACAACACAGUCAGGGUUACUGGUUAAUUACACGGUUUUAAUACACUUUACUUAAUGGUGUUUGCAAUAAUUUGAUAAAUUAGAUCAUAUUAAUUAGCCUAUGGCGCAAACUAAGCGAGCAUUAGUUUUAGAGUAAGAGUACAGUUUGGACACAACUUAGAGAAGUGAAUCAUUCUUCUUUUUAUUCAGGAGCUGCUGGUUCUCCUGCUUGGUGAUUAGUUUGCCCUGGAGCAGAUCUGUAAUGAAGCUGAUGAAACAAGAGGACAAGUGGACCUGAAGACACAGGAGAUCAUGGAGACAGAGAGGGAGGAGAUGGAGAAACAGCUUCCUACUCAGGACAGCACAGACCCACAACAUGUGAGUCAUAAAAAAGGACUUUUCCUCUGACAAACACAGUAAUAAAUGCUUUUUCAUUAAUCAUAGUUUCCAUGACAACAUAAUGUAUGUAACUGAUGGUAGGACAAGGCUUCAGAACUUAUCAAAGCUUGUUAAUAGUGUAAGACGCUGAAUAUCAACAUACAGAACAGCCUCAGGUGAUCCUCACAGACUUAAAAUUUACAGAGAAUGAGGCCCAAAUUACGAAAUGUGGAACUGCUUUCCAUGAAGAACUGAAGAGAAGAAAAAAAUCAGGCUUCUUCCUGCUUGUUCCUAUCGAGAAAAAUCAGUAUGUCCACAUGAUUGAGCACACCAGGGUCACAGUCAGUCUGACAGCAGGAAACACAGAAAGCUCUCAUGUAGGUACCUCAUUGAAAAUCGAACAUAAACAUUCAUAUUUGAGCACAUUAAAAAAAUCUAUCACUCACAACUUCAUUCACUGUUAGCAUCCCUAUUAAAGGUGAGAUGUGCAGAAAAAAGAUAUUAAACUUUUCAUAGCAGUCAGACUGUUGAUUGAAAUGGUGCCUGGCUCACUCUCAUCAUUGAAGUUAUGGUGGCCUGAGAGGACAAAAAGCUCCUGUGAUGAAUGAGAGUGAAUCCUCUAUUGGUGAAGUUAUGAAGUUAUAUUGCGCACAACUGCUCUUUUUCUUCUUCUUUAUGCUAUUGAUGUAUGUUAAUAUGCACACAUACACACACAAACACACACAAUAAAAGGUAACUUAUUACUUUCAAAUUAAAUCUAAGCAUAGUAAAAGUAAAACAUACAGCUACAGUUACACCGGUGUAAACAUCCAACAACCUCUCCUUUGUAUUUUUCUUUUUUAGACACAAAUAUGAUCAGUGCAGAUCAGUGGCGGCUGCUGGUCUUUCAAGGAGGGGAAGCUCAUUUUUCUGGCCUACAUCAUAAUUGUAUUUGUUUAUUAGUAUGUAACAGAACAGAGUCGCCAAACACAACGGCAGUCGUUUUUAACAAAGACAAGAGUCGCUGAGGAUCGGUAAGGUCUCCGGAGCAGUUAAGAACAACGGAAUGAAUAACUUGGAAAAUGCUCUGGUAGAUGUUUUAUUCUUCAAGAUCGCUGAUUCGCUUGUUUAGCUGUCAAUCAAAAAAGGAUUUCACCUCAGACAGCUCAUCCAAUCAUGGAUGCAGAAGCUUGGAGUCCGGGAGAAAGUCGGGACCGCCCUCUCGCCAUAGAACUCCAGUGAAGCUGGGCUUCCGAUGGGCGGGACAAAGCCCAGCAUUUAUCCAAUGAGCGUCUAGUUUCGCUGCUGGAACAACCCACUUUAAGCUUCCACAUUGAAGUCAGCAGAAGCCCAGCGUCCGGCUGUUUAAAGCGCUGAGGCGCUGCGAGGAUGAAUGAGAACGAAGUUAUGCCGGUUACCUGUGAUUAUCAGCUUCUUAUCACAGUGUCUGAACAAAAGAUGAAGGUUUUCUAGUGCGUAUUUAGUUAAUGAAAUGUACACACAGCAGUACGUAUUUCACCACUUUUUCUUUUUUGUGGGGGGUGACAUUUUAAGGGAAGCCGAGCUUCCCUUGCAGUCUUAGAGCAAUCGCCACUGGUGCAGAUCUAAACUCUUUGUUUAGUUUUGGUUGUUUUUAUGCUGUUGGAUCCGAUUUUCUUGUCAGACACUCAUAAACUCAGUUGCUGUGUUGACACAUUACUGAACCUCACUCUGCAGUUAUGGAGGUUAUAAUGUUUAAUCAUUCAGCUGGUUAUCUGAGGAAAAUACGUGUUCCUGGUGUCCUGGUCCAGUUGGCAGCUGGUUAAGUAAUGUGGUUCUGUUUCCACCUCCUUCUGAGAGUUUCUUCUCUUUAGAGCCAGAUCUGUCUGUAGCGGCUCUUGAUGGUGAGGCUGGGCUUGCUGAGUUUGUACAUAGUUAAAGAUUUCCUCAGUUUUGGAUCUGUCACAGUGCUCCAUUUUUCCUCUUUACCUUAAAACAGAACAAAAAAUGGUGUUAGCUGCUUCCUAAUACUGCCUUUGACAGACUCUCUGAAACUCCAAUUCCUAUUCAAAGUCCUAUUCUUUCCAUAAGGAACAGUGACAGCAAAUAUGACUGUCAAGUUUUGGCUUAGUACAUAAUACUGUCACUGAGUCACAGUGGGUCUGUUAACAUGGCUCCUUUUGGUCAUCGUUUAUUAAUCAACAUCAGUAAUCGACAUCAGUAUCUGUAUCUUCUUCUACAUCUGAAUCUGCCGGUGUGCAAGGGGCUCUUCCUCACUGUAUUGGUUGGCACAAGUUUGUAAUUUGCACAGGUUUGUGCACUUCAGCCCAUUGCUGAAACAGUUGCAGUCUGGUGGUUUGUAUGUCCUCACACACUUGCAGGAUAGCAACUGCAAGACCGAAGAAGUAAAGUAAAUGCAGACUAAUAGCAUUAUAAUAACACAACUUUAAUAUGACACUGACAUGUUUUCAAUGCAGGAACUCAAUAUACAAUCAUCCUGGCUGGAGCAGGGCAAGAAGACAUUAGCAACAAAAUAAGAUCUACUGAUGUAUACACUCUACACAAUCAUCUGAGAAAACUCCAAUUCCAAUUCAAAGUCCUAUUCUUUCCAUAAGGAACAGUGACAGCAAAUAUGACUGUCAAGUUUUGGCUUAGUACAUAAUACUUUCACUGAGUCACAGUGGGUCUGUUAACAUAGCUCCCUUUGGUCAUCGUUUAUUAAUCAACAUCAGUAAUCGACAUCAGUAUCUGUAUCUUCUUCUACAUCUGAGUCUGCCGGGUGUGCAAGGGGCUCUUCCUCACUGUAUUGGUUGGCACAAGUUUGUAAUUUGCACAGGUUUGUGCACUUCAGCCCAUUGCUGAGACAGGUGCAGUCUGGUGGUUUGCAUGUCCUCACACACUUGCAGGAUAGCAACUGCAAGACCGAAGAAGUAAAGUAAAUGCAGACUAAUAGCAUUAUAAUAACACAACUUUAAUAUGACGCUGACAUAUUUUCAAUGCAGGAACUCGAUAUACAAUCAUCCUGGCUGGUGCAGGGCAAGAAGACAUUAGCAACAAAAUAAGAUCUACUUCUAAGAUCAGUCUGGUGGUUUGCAUGUCCUCACACACUUGCAGGAUAGGAACUGCAAGACCGCAUCUGGUGCUGGGGAAUCACGCAUCCACUGUAUUUCCAGCUGCCCUUCGUCAUUUAUGGUCCACCCAUGGUCCUUGGGGCUUGGUACAGAUGGCUUGGUAUGAAGAGACCGUCUCCAGAUAGCAACCUGGUAGUUGGCACGAAUCGGUUGCAUUAAUACCCAAUCCUGACAUGGUGUAAGCUGGCUGGACUCAACUUUAGCCAAGGUCCUGCAUGAAGGUGGUGAUAGUGAAAAGAUUGACAUUGUCUUUGACGUUUACAAGGACAUGUCAAUCAAAAAUUCAGAGAGACUAAACAGAGGUGCAGACAUGGGGAUCCAGUUCAGAAACAUUGUUUCUGGCCACAAUAUUCAGCAGUGGAGGAAACCUCUCUGCAGCCCUGCCAACAAAGCCAGUCUCAUCAAGUUCUUGGUGGAGGAAUGGAGUUUUUCUCAGAUGACUGUAAAGAGUGUAUACAUCAGUAGAUCUUAUUUUGUUGCUAAUGUCUUCUUGCCCUGCACCAGCCAGGAUGAUUGUAUAUCAAGUUCCUGCAUUGAAAAUAUGUCAGUGUCAUAUUAAAGUUGUGUUAUUAUAAUGCUAUUAGUCUGCAUUUACUUUACUUCUUCGGUCUUGCAGUUGCUAUCCUGCAAGUGUGUGAGGACAUGCAAACCACCAGACUGCACCUGUCUCAGCAAUGGGCUGAAGUGCACAAACCUGUGCAAAUUACAAACUUGUGCCAACCAAUACAGUGAGGAAGAGCCCCUUGCACACCGGCAGAUUCAGAUGUAGAAGAAGAUACAGAUACUGAUGUCGAUUACUGAUGUUGAUUAAUAAACGAUGACCAAAAGGAGCCAUGUUAACAGACCCACUGUGACUCAGUGACAGUAUUAUGUACUAAGCCAAAACUUGACAGUCAUAUUUGCUGUCACUGUUCCUUAUGGAAAGAAUAGGACUUUGAAUAGGAAUUGGAGUUUUUCUCAGAUGAUUGUAUAGAGUGUAUACAUCAGUAGAUCGUAUUUUGUUGCUAAUGUCUUCUUGCCCUGCACCAGCCAGGAUGAUUAUAUAUUGAGUUCCUGCAUUGAAAAUAUGCCAGUGUCAUAUUAAAGUUGUGUUAUUAUAAUGCUAUUAGUCUGCAUUUAUUUUACUUCUACUUCUAAGUCAAAAAAUAUCCUUAAUUUAGACCUUGAUUUAGACCUGACAAUUGGCUAAUUGAAGCUUAUAUAUACACACCUGUAUUAGAUAAAUUACUUGGAAUACUACUUAGGGGGUUACUACAAGUCUCUAUGACUAGCCAAUAGUUCAAACACACCUAAAUGAGAGGUUAAAAUGAAAGAAAGCUCAUUUUGAAGGAAGGCGAUUUUUCAUUUUUGAACAGCUGCACUCUAUUACUUUAAUGAGUGAUAACUACAAUGAAGCUACCAGUUACCAAGGUCUAUCCUAUAAAAACUUAUUGUAGGGAUGUAUAGCAAUAAAAAAAUCACAACCAGAAUUUGCCCACCCAGGUGGUACCGAUAUGUGAAAUUUUGGUUCUUGGCUCAAGUGCUAUGAUACCUGAAAGAACUGCUCCACCAUCAAAUUGGGCCACUCCCACUUCAUCAACUCAUUUAAUUAGACACAGGUUUGAUUCAUUUAUAGAAAAAAGCAGUGUGACCCAAAAAGAGUAUGACUUUUAAUGUGCUUUUGACUGUCUGUGUUGCUUUUGGAGUUAACAAAAAUUCGCCUAUUGAGGAAAAUAACAAAAUGAGAAAAAAUAUAAAAAGCUACUCCUAUGAAAAGUCUAUCAUAUUUUAAUUUACUAAUAUUGACCCUAAUAACAAUUUAGUAUAUGUGAGGUUUUGCCCACCCAAGUGGUACCGACAUCUGGUCCGGCUCAAGGACUAGGAGAUUCUCUGGAAAAAAAACAGGCAUCUAUCCCAUUACUUCUUGCGUGUUAAAGGUGGGGUAGGCAGGAUUCCAUCAAAGAAGCACCUUUUUGUGCUGUAUAUACUGUACAAAAAGGUUUUAAUAUCAGUCAAUAGCUAUUAGCUACAGUGCCUUGAAAAAGUAUUCAUACCCCUUGAACUUUUUAACCUUGUUUCACUCUACAACCACAAACUUAGAAGUAUUUUAUUGAGAUAUUUUGUCACAAACCAACACAAAGUAGCACAUAAUUGUAAAGUGGAACAACAAUGAUACAUGCUUUUCAAAAAUUCAAACAAAUAAAAAUCUGAAAAGUGUGGUGUGCAUUUGUAUUCAGCUCCCCUGUGUCAGUACUUUGCAGAGCCACCUUUCACUGCAAUUACAGCUGCAAUUCUUUAGGGUACAUCACUACAAGCUUUGUACAUCUAGAGACUGAAAUUUUUGCCCAUUCUUCUUUGCAAAACAGUUCAAGCUCAGCCAGAUUGGACGGAGAGCGUCUGUGAACAACAGUUUUCAAGUCUUGCCGCAGAUGCUCAAUGUGGUUUAGGUCUGGACUUUGACUUGGCCAUUCUAACACAUGAAUAUUCUUUGAUCUAAACCAUUCCAUUGUAACUCUGGCUGUAUGUUUAGGGUCAUUGUCUUACUGGAAGGUGAAUCUCUUUCCCAGUCUCAAUUCUUUAGCAGCCUCCAACAGGUUUUCUUCCAGGAUGGCCCUGUAUUUAGCUCCAUCCAUCCUCCCAUCAACUCUGACCAGCUUCCCUGUCCCUGCUGAAGAAAAGCAUCCUCACAGCAUGAGGCUGUCACCACCAUGUUUCACAGUGGGGAUGGUGUGUUCAGGGUAAUGAGCAGUAUUACUUUUCUGCCACACAUAGCACUUUGUAUUCAGUCCAAAAAGUUCAACUUCGGUUUCAUCUGACCGGAUCACCUUCUCCCACAUGUUUGCUGUGUCCCCUACAUGGCUUGUGGCAAACUGAAAACAGGACUUUUUAUGUCUUUCUGUCAACAAUGGCUUCCUUCUUGCCACUCUUCCAUCGAGGCCAGAUUUGUGGAGUACACGACUUAUAGUUGUCCUGUGGACAGAUUCUCCCACCUGAGCUGUGGAUUUCUGCCGCUCCUCCAGAGUGACCAUGGGCCUCAUGGCUGCUUCUCUCACCAGUGCUCUCCUUGCUCGGUCUGUUAGUUUAGAUGGAUGGCCAUGUCUUGGUAGGUUAGCAGUUGUGGCAUACUUCUUCCAUUUUUGGAUGAUGGAUUGAACAGUGCUCCUUGAGAUGUUCAAAGCUUUGAACAUAUUUUUAUAACCUAACCUUGCUUUAAAGUUCUCCACAACGUUUUCCCUGACCUGUCUGCUGAGUUAAUUGGUCUUCAUGAUGCUCUUUGUUGACUAGUGUUCUCUAACAAAGCACUGAGGCCUUCACACAACAGCUGUAUUUAUGCUGAUACUAAAUUACACACAGGUGAACUCUAUUAGCUAAUCUGGUGACUUCUGAAGGCAAUUAAUUGCACUGCAUUUUAUGGGUAUCAGAGUACAGGGGGCUGAAUACAAAUGCACACCACACUUUUCAGAUUUUUAUUUGUUUAAAAUUUUUGAAAACCAUGUAUCGUUUUCAUUCCACCUCACAAUUAUGUGCUACUUUGUGUUGGUCAAUGACAAAAAAUCUCAAUAAAAUACUUUUGAGUUUGUGGUUGUAGAGUAGGUUUGCCAACUCCCCAAAAAAGAAAUAAGGGACACCUCACUGGCAGGGCCUGAUUGCCUCCACCCUUUCCAGUAUGAUGAAUUUUCAAGCCCUUUUCUGUGUGUGAAACAAUUUAAGUAGAUGCAUCCCUUUUCAGCUCAAUACCGAACGCAUACUUUUGUUUCUAAAUACGGGAUGAUUCCGUUUUGUUACGUUUUUCAAGGGACAGCUGGCAACCCUUUUAUAGAGUAACAAAAUGUGAAAAAGUUCAAGGGGUGUGAAUACAUUUUUCAAGGCACUGUAUAGAUGACAUGUGUAUCCCAUUUGGUAAUAUAAUGAUAUUGCUGUGUUUUGUUAUGUCUGUGUAGUAAACAUUUAAAAUUUUCUGAGUGGCCCGCUCAUUCUGACUGUAAACAAAGCUUUUCUCUGCCUCCCCCAACCUGAUUGGUUGUGAGGCGGACACUGCUCCCUCGUGUUGUGAGGCAUGUUCCAUGUCCUCCGAUAAUGUGCACGACCCCAAACAAAGUUAGCGUGCUACAACAUCGGACAGUAACCAACCAGAUUGUACGGAAAACACAAGGAAAAAAACAAAGUAAGUACCGGAGACUCUGGUGGAAUAAUGGGCUUUUAAAACAGAGGUAGACUGGACAAGAGCGAAGAAGCUGGGUCAACAUCAGCAUAAAUGAUAAGGAACGCUUCAGAAUCUUACAGACCCUGUAACCUUUCUGCUGGAUAGGUGAACCACUAUAACAAAGUAAGCCAAGUGUAACAGAAGUGUUUCUUGUCAAACGGGACCUGCUGCUUGUUGUAGCGCCGCUAAACUGUUUAGCUCGGGUCCUGGACUAUGUCACUUUAUCCUAGUCGUAGAAGUCCUGCAAACAUCGUUUUUGCUGGUAGUCUGUUGGCAUCUGCAGUAGCACCAAUGCUUUUUACUUUCACAUUGACUGGGCCCCAUUUGUAAUUAUCUGAAGUAUUUAUCUGCAUUAUAUCUGAAUUUAAUUGGAACAAUAAGAGCGACCAGGAGUGUCUAUUUGUGGGUGGGGCUUGCUGGAGCAGAGAGGGAGGGGAGAGGAGGAGCUGAGGGGAAAACUGUUUGGGAGGGGUAGUGUUUACAUUUAAGAUUUCUCCAAAAAAACUGGCUCUUCCUCAGAUUCUGCCUACUCAACCUUUAAGCAAGCACUCUACCAUUUGAGCCAGUUCUCUGUCCUGCUGUCAUUUUUCACUGCUUCCAGUCAUUUUUCCUCCAGUGCACUGACGCCUCCUACCUCUCCCCACAUGACCGUCUGCUGUGUAUCUUCCAGCCACGUCAGAGUUCACCUCCCUCCCCCUUCAUGCUCCUGUUUCUGCAGAGCGUCGUGUUUGCAGCAGGGAGCUGCUCUGUAGCAGAACUCACAAACACACAAGCAUUCACAAAAUCACAGUGUGGUAAAGAUGAACAAGCCGCACUUCCUCAUAGAGCUUGUGUUCGGGGGGGGAACUAGACAACUGACUCAUUCAGUGUGAGAAAAGGACAGAAAAGUUAAAGGCAAAAAGGGGAAAAUCUGCUGACCCAGUGUGCUCUGCUAAUCCUUUGUCUUUUGAGCUCAUUAUUUACUGAGGACAAGUGCCAUGCAAUGGUCAGGUUAUGAUGAGAGCAACCUCAGCUGAAUCAAUCAAAAGCUUCUUCAGGCCUGACGCUCCAAUAAAAUGUUUUUGUUUUUGAUUGAAAGGGCUCAGUAUGGUCUGAAUAUGAACUCUCCCCCUCAAGUUCAAACGUACAGAUAAAAAGUUGAGCCUAGAGAAUGCGAUGGGAAAAGUUUAAAGUGUGAGUUUUUUCCUGAACAACUGCUGUUGUAAAUCUGUAGAUGUACACUGUGCAGAAACACAACAGCAACAGGUUGUUGUCAGUUUAAGAACAUUUGGCUCCUCCUCCUUGGGGAACCCCACUCUGAGGGGCGGGUCCUCACUGCUUUUAUUCACUCUGAUUGGACAGGAUAUAAGCUGCUUAAAUACAGCUUUGGCUGUGAUUGGCUGUAAGAGAGAGAUUUCCUGAGAGGAUUCAAAGGAAGGUUGGAGAGGGGAGGAGAGGAGGUGAAGUUUGUAACGGAGAAGAGGCAGAGAGAAAGAAAACAGAUGUAUAAAGGAAGAAUAUUCAGAACAAGGAAGAGGGGGUGAAAUGUUGUUAGCUGUGAACUGGUAUGAGUUAAAGAAGAGGAGGAAGGAAAUGGAGAACUCGAAGGAUGUAAUCCAGCAGCCUUGUGUGGUCUGUGGGGGGACUGACAGACUGAACUGAUGUGAGUACUCAAACUCAAUCUGAGUAUAAUUAAAACUAAACAAACUACAAUCCAAGAGAUGCUCUCUCUGAAAACAUACGGAUAUUAUUAUAGAGAUUUGAUUCACUUUUUUAUGGGUGGGCUGAAACUUUCCCACAAUGCACUGCAAAGGAAAUGGGAGGGCAUCUCUCUGUAUUUAGACAUUAUCCCUUAGAUGCAGACAUACAGACACUGUAAAUCCUGACAUUUGUGCUUCAAAGUGAAACGUCUCCAGAACCUUUUUAAUAAACUGUGAUAAGAUGUGAAUCAGACAGUCAUGCUCCUUGAGGACAAACUAAUAACACUGAUUUUCUGACUUCUCAGCUUUAUCAUUAUCAAGUUGAUGUUUAAACAUGCCCAAUAGGUUUGGCUUUAUUCGCUGAACUAACAAUUUUCACAUCAACCUUAGUUUGGCUUAGUGAUGACUGCUUGUUAGCUAAUGCUAAGCAUCCUAAUAGUCCAGUGGCUAUCAAGAAGAUCUGCAACUCAAGAUCUGAAACGGUGCAAAUUCAUCAUGCAGAAGUCUGACAUGACUGCAACGAUGUAAAUACAUUGCAUAUAAAGGAUGUGCUGCAAAAAUGCUGAAAGAACUGCAUUAACGGCAAACAUUCUGUCACGGCUUCACCCAGAGGUGAGACAUCUCUUCAGUGGUUACUCAGAGGAUUCAAAGUCACCAGGACAAGACCCACUGUACAGACAAGGAUCAAUAAAUAACAAAGUGAAGAGAAACUUGUCAAAAUAUGACAUGAGAUACUACAUUACUCAAUAGAGGGAAUUUGUUUUCUCUGUUCUAAAUGUUGGUUUAAUUAGCAGACUUAAAAAGCAGCUAAAACCUGGUUACAUCCAAACACAAUUAUCUUAAAAUUGUGUGCUCCAAAAGUCCUCACCUAAACAUGAACAAACAGCGAUGUGAAAAAUGAGGAUCGGUGUUCAAACAUGAAGUCACAGUGGUCCCUUUCUCUGCUGCAGAUACAGGAGUCCUCUUAUGGAUACAGAAGCACAGAGGGGGAACAAGGAGGGUGGUGAGGGGGUCAUAGACUUUGGCUCUCAUAGGAAUGCAUGGAGGGGAAUUAGCUCAAAUGUAAGAGCGCUCGCUUAGCAUGUGAGAGGUAGUGGGAUUGAUGCCUGCAUUUUCCAUAUCAUAUUUAGCCCUUUCUUUCCCCAGAAUAGAGACCUAGAUAUGGUAACUAGAGCUGCUCUGAUUGGUUUUUCAUUUGCUCCAGUGUCUUAAAAUAAGUUGUGUUUAAACUGAGAAAGGAAAAGUGAUCAGUGUCAUCAGUGUUGCUGUUUUGAGUGCGUACUUAACUUUUUCAGCAAUCACUGCUCUGUAUUUAUAGGUUACAGUGUAUUUACUCCAAAUGUGUCCAAUCUGCACUGAGGUUGGGACAACAUGUUUGAGUGACAGCUCCAACGCCAGACAGUGAAAACAAGCAAGGGUAAAAAGGGUCUCAUGGAGAAUGCGGGCAUCGAUCCCGCUACCUCUCGCAUGCUAAGCGAGCGCUCUACCAUUUGAGCUAAUUCCCCUCCUUCCAGCUGUCACUGCUCGGGUCUCUCAACACAGCCCUGACUCCCCCGACCCCUUCCCCAGCUGAUUCUGCCAUAGUUUUGUGCCUCCAACAAUACAUCUGGUUCUAAUGCAGAGUGAAAGUCUACUGGUCAUUUCUUAACCUUUCUCUUCAAUUCUUGAUUGAACCCAGUAGACAGUUUAUGGGGACACAGUUUCAAACUUUUUAUCAGAAGCUCUUUUUGGGUUUAAGAUAGAACUUUAAGACUUCUGAGAUAUUAAUGUUUACCACACAGUUGAUACCUGGGCAGGCCACUCAAGCAUAUUCUCAGCUGCUCACGUCAGUUCUCUAAUAGGUACAAGAUCACUAUCCUCAAUCCGUUGUUUAAAUAAACUCUUGCUAAUCACUGCAUGCACCUACAGCAUUAUUUCUGAACAUCAUAUUACCAUAAUGUAGAACUGAAAGAAAGACUGAUUCAAUAACACUUUUCCAACAACAGGAACAUUUGAUCUGUUUGUAUAGAAGAGUUGAUGAUCUGCUGAAGUUGGCAAAAAGGAUUCUGUAUGGAUUUAAAAGUAAAGGUUUAUCAGACCAGACACAAAGAUAUUCAUAUGAAAGGACUCUUUCAUAAGUACAUACCUGAGUUUGGGUGAUUGUAAACGGUUAAAAUCAACUUCUCUUGCCAUGGAAAGAGCAUUUUUUUAGAUUUGCUAACAUUAGGCACCAGGUACAAGACUGAUCAGUGCGUUUUGGAGGGCAUUAAAACAGAAUGGUUACUUCUCAACAUCGAGCACUGUAGAGUCAGAAGAACAAAAUAUAUUGGGGUCGUCUGUAUAAGGAUAGUUAUUAUAAUCAUUAAUAGAGGAGGCAAUGUUAUUGAUAUUGAUAGUAAUUUAACUGGGCCCAGGACUGAUUUGAUCAUGAUAGAAACUAGGGAUGAAACAAUUAUAGAUUUUGACUGUACAAUUAUAGUCUGAGGAAUAAUCAUUGUUUCACAGUUAUCAUGAUUAUUAUGCAUUGAUUAAUUUGACAACAACAAUCAAAUAAACAUUCUUCAGGAAUUUUAAAUGUGUUAUUUAUCGCUGACAGAAAUAACAGUAAUCAAAUGAUACAGUAAAAAUAGUAAAUAUAGAUUAACAAAAGUCCUUUGAAAUUAAAUAAAAGUAGCCUCUAAUCUGUAAACAACCCCCCACCCCCGUCAUAAUGGUUCGAUGGCAAGCCACCCACCUCCUCACAUAAGAUGUGUUUGACCCAUUGAAUUUCCCUUCAGGGAUCAAUUAAAGGUGGGGUAGGCAGGAUCUGAGGAAGUCCCAGUUUUUGGGAGAAAUCUUGACUGUAAACUCUACCCCUCCCAAACAGUUUUCCCCUCAGCUCCUCCUCUCCCCUCCCUCUCUGCUCCAGCAAGCCCCGCCCACAAAUAGACUCCUGCUCGCUCUUAUCGUUUCCAUUAAAUUCAGAUAUAAUGCUGAAAAAUACUUCAGAUAAUUACAAAUGGGGCCCAGUCGAUGUGAAAUUAAAAAUCAUUGGUGUUACUGUAGAUGCCAACAGACUACCAGCAAAAACAAUGUUUGCAAGACUUCUACAACUAGGAUAAAGUGACAUACUCUGGGACCCGAGGUAAACAGUUUAACAGUGCUACAACACGCUACAGCAGGUCCGUUUGACAAGAAACACUUCUGUUACAGACACUUGGCUAGGGUCCGGAAGACCCCAAAGCCUCCUCCAUAGUUUAUGCUCCAUUGAUGAUGACCCAGCUUUUUAGCUCUUGUCCGGUCUCCCUCUGUUUUAAGCGCCCGUUAUGCCGCCGGUAUUUAUUUAUUAUGUUUUAUUGCUUGUGUUGGCAGUCGUGGCUGAAAGGAGGCGAUUCAGACAAUUUUUUGUACUUUCUGGUUGGUUUCUACUGUCCAAUGUUGUAGCACGCUAACUUUGUUUGGGCUCAUGAACGACACGGGAGAGCAGCGUCUGCCUCACAACCAAUCAGCACUAAGGCGCAGUGUCUACCUCACAACCAAUCAGGUUCGGGGAGGCGGAGAAUGGCUUUGUUUACAGUCAGAAUGAACGGGCCACUCAAAAAAUUUAAAAAUGUUGACUACACAGACAUAACAAAACACAGUGAUAUUGUGAUAUUACCAAAUGCCCUCAAAAACUAAUAGCUAUUGACUGAUAUUAAAAGCUUUUUCGUAUAUACACCACAAAAAAAGAUGCUACUUUAAUGGAAUCCUGCCCACCCCACCUUUAAGUUCUUCUUCUUCUUCUUUAACUGCAACUUUUUUAGGGGCAGGUGUUGCAGAUGUGUUAUCUGUCGUCACAAAGGCCUCCCUGGUCAUUCUUGGCAUAUCCAAAAUGCUCCCACAGUGCUGACUUCAGUCUUUUCUUUGGUUAUCACAAAGCUUCGAGGCUGUGUCCUUUUGCCUUUGCUAAGCUAAUGUAGCGUAGGCUUUAGAUAUGGCAUAGCCUCUAUGUCUCUUGAUAGACACAGCACUGUCAGUACUAACACUUAAACACAAUAACACUUUUUUAUUGAACCCUGUAGUAACUGGCUGACAUCUCUGUCAGGCUUAUGUGGCCUCCAGGUUAUCUAGUCUGACUCAGCUGCUGUCAACCAUGAGUGGGAAGCAGAGUGAGCUUGAGGGUCGCCUGAGCGACAUGUUGUCACGCAUUGCCAUGGAGACGGAAGAAAUAAAAGAGCUGGAGCAACAGCUGACUGAUGGUAAGGUGACCACUAUCCAUUCAUGAAAUCUCUUUUAAAUUGGAGCCCUUUGAUUGGCUGAAAAAUGUUUUCAAAGGUGUGUCAUAAAUGUGUGCUCUGUCGUCUCCUCCUGCUGCAGGUCAAAUUUUGGCUAAUGAAGCUCUUCAAAGGGACUUGGAGGGAAUCAUCUCUGGACUUCAGGGGUAUCUGAGGGGACUCAGGGAGCAGGUGUAUAAACACUCCUAUUUAAGGAUCUAUAGUUUUUGGCACUACCACUCUGGCUUCAUCAUUCAGCUCCUGAGGUUUUUCUUGGUUGAGUGAUGAUGUGAUGUCUGUAAACGCAGUCCUGUUUGUGUUUCAGGCUCGCAGUGCUCAGCAGCAGGUUCAAAGUCUGCAGGCUGAAAACAAGAGUCUGCAGCUACAUCUGGAGGUGACUCAAAGACGCUGCAGUCAGCUGGAGGACACCACCAGAACACACAGACAGGUGUGUGCAUGCAGGUGACAGGAGGAGAAAUGGUGCAGUGUUAUACUGUGUUUUUCUAUCAAGAGCAUUUGUUCUGUUUGUCUUUUUUCAGGACAUGUCCAUCCAGCAGGAGGAGCUGACUGUUUUACGGAUGGAGGCCCAGACUCUGAGAGAAAGGCAGCUGAAAAGCAGCAGACAGCAGGUUGAGCUAGAGGUGGAGCUUCAGCAGCUGAGGGAGGAGUUAACUCGACAGAUCAGACAGGGACAGGUGACUCUUAAAUUUAACUGUCUACCAUUACUCAAUAAACAACUCAGUGCUCCUGGUGCGUAUUAGUUUUUGUCUUUGAGUAUCUGCAUGCAGUCAUAUGUAGAAGUAGAAUCUUGAACAUCAUAGCUUGUUAAUUUUAAGUGCAACAAACCAGAUCAGAGCUGUUUCCAGAUCUUCCUGGAAGAUCUGUUGGGUUACAAAAGACAGUCCCAAAGACUUUUAUCCAGCUGAUAAACACAAUGAAACUGUUUGUAUGUAAUUUUUUUUGUUUUGUGUGGUUAUAGUUGCAGCGUGAUGCUCUUCAGGCUGAUGUUGACAGGGAGAAACAGACCAGAGUGAUUAGAGAGUCUCAGCUGCAGUCGUUCAUCGUCACCCUGCAGGUCAGAGAGCCAAGUUCUUUAAUCUUCAAAAUCAGAACUUAAACCAGCUGGAAAAGGUCAAGAGGGGCUCACACUGAAAUUCAUAAAACACAUGUCUGUGUGCAGGAUGAGAAGGAGUCUCUCCAGCGAGUUAAAGAGAGACUACAGGCCCAACUGGACGAGACCAAAGCCCAGUUAAACCAGACUGCAAACCAGUUCAAAGACAGCAGGAUCCAGCUAGAUCAGAGCAGACUUAAGCUGGACCAGCUCACAGCAUCCUUGUUGGAUUCUCAGGGGGUCCAGAGUGAAUCUGAUGAGUUUGAUGGAGGCAAAUACAGGUACUAGUACUUGAAACCUGGUAUUGUUUUUGUACCCUGGUUAACAUAUUUUAUUGGCCAACAGGUUUUCUCUGCCUGACUGUUUCACUUUAACGACCUUGUUGGAGCUGGUUGGUGUAUUCAGCCCCUCCAGGAAGGAAAUUCUCUUAUUUCCCUUACUCAGCCAGUUCUUUGACAGUAAAACAUUGAUCCCCAAAGAGCUGCUCUGUUGUAGAAACAUUAGAGGUUUGACAUUACUGCCUUUGUUGUACUUUGUUAAUGUUUUUCCAGACAGCUGCACGGCAGAGACUUGCUUUAUUUUCCAUUUGGUCUGUGUUUCAAAGUCAUCCACCAUGACUGAAUACCAUGAGCUACGUUGGAUGCAGUACACUUCAGUUUCUGAGUUUCACCCACACCAAAACCCUCCAAUGUGGAUGGGAUUUGAAUCCACACGUGCAGAGCACAAUGGAUUAGGAUUAGCAGGCCAUCACCUUAACCACUCAGACAAAAUUGGGGCAACAGGGACUGAAGGUGCAGCCAGCUUGUCAUACUUUUAAUUUUCAAUGGCUCUAUCAUUUAUGGGACUUUGUCUGGACAUCAUAUUGUAGGUUAAUAUGCUGUAAACAUCUCAUAUCUAAGCAGCUGAGUGAUAUUUGUCAUAGUAAACACAGUUAUUUUGUUGUCCAAGAUGUGGAUCCUGUUGGUGAGCCAGACAGCCGAGCAGAGAGUGAGAUAAAAUUUGACCUUUGAAACCAGAGCAGGAGAGUCACAUGACUCAAAGGUCAGGAGCAGGCGUGUGUCAGCUGGCUGAGUAAGUCAGCCCACUGCUGACCAAACUACUGAGUGUGGGACUUUGUUUGCUGUCAGUAAGGUCUCUGGUUAGUUAAAACAGGUUAGCUCUGAGUCCUAAAUCACUGAACAUAUUUCCAGAGUGGAAAAUCGUUCUGAGAGAGCGGGCAUGGAUCCCACCAUCCCUCAGAUGCUAAGCAAGUGAUCUGCUAUUUGAGCUAAUUAUUCUGUACUACCAUAGGCCUCCAACAGGUCAGCAAGAAUUUAAUAGUAAAAUCCUCAGUAUUGUUUGUUUAACGUCUCAGUUCCUCAGGUAGAAAACUAGAUUGCUGUUUUCCAAAGACAAAGAGAUUAAUUUGAAAACAGGGAACUUCCUCUGUUCACCCUCAGUUACAGAUGUGAUGGGUUAUGACUUAUGUGCACAAACAGUCAGUAGUUUUUUUUAUGUAAAAAUAAGAUAUUUACAUUAUCGGAUGAAAUCGAAAAGUUUUCUUUUGGAAGAGGGAGCAGUCAUAUCAUUUGCAGGUGUUGUUGUCACCUGCAGUUUUUACAGUAUUUAAGUCUUUUCAGUCCAGUUUGAUUUGAUCAGCCAACUUGAUCUCUCAAGGGCAAUUCAACAGCCUACCUCUGAACACUUUUUAUAGGGGUAAAUACUGAAGGUGUUCUCUGAUCUCUACCCCUCUGACCAGAGUGUAAGUUUGGUGGUGUGUUCACACACAGUAGAGGGACAUGAAAACAAGUCUUCUGGAGAAUGCGGGCAUCGAUCCCGCUACCUCUCGCAUGCUAAGCGAGCGCUCUACCAUUUGAGCUAAUUCCCCUGUGGUUAGAUGGGGGAGCAAAGAUUCUCUCUUCAAGUCACAAGCACCAUGCGCAAAACAACUGAAUGUUAAUACAUAAAUCUAUCUUUAAUGGAUUCCUAAUUGCUUCUCAAAGGAGAAUACUUGCCUUUUCCCACCUAAUGCAUUUUUUUGUAAUGCAUGUGAUACCUGCUAUACCUGCUAUGGCCGUUUGUAUGCAGGAGCAUGGCUGAUUUGACCCACAGGAAGGCAAACUAUAACUGUUAGCAAAGAGGCUAAAGGCACUAAAGCUUCAGGUUGUUGUGUACAUUCUUUCUAAUCUAAGGUAGAAAAGUGAAGGUGGUACAGAAACAUUCAGCUCUGAUCGAGACACUCUAAAGUCACCAGUGUUUAUUCAUUAGACAUUAGACCACCAGUAAAACUGAUGAAGUGUAUAAUCAUAAAGGUUGCUGCAUACAAAUGGUGUGUCUGUCUACUGUCCUGUCUCAUCAUAGUCCUGUCAGUCCUGAGGACCUGUGGUCCAGGAGUGUAGAGCAGCUCUACAGAGUGAUCGAGCAGAGCAGGACCUGCAGGGACAAGCCCCAACAGAUGGCUCAGCUGGAGGCCCAGGUGAUCUGUGGUGUGGAGCAGGAUCAGGAGUCCAACUGGGGGCAGAAAGAGGAACUGAAGAGUCUGAGAGGCAGACUGGAGAAGUCUCAGAGCAGAAACAGACAUAUUCAGCAGGAACUGGUGAGUGUAAACCAUCUGAUUUUAACAGCCUCCAAAAAAUCACUGACCCUCUCUGGAGGACAGAAAGCUAUGGGAUGUCAGGAAUCACACAAAGUUUAUCUCCUGAAUGCUAACAGUUUGAUAAAACCAGUGGAUUUUAAAGUUAGUUGUUCCAUUAUACCAUUUUACUUCUGGAGCUAAUAUUGUAAACCUAAUAUUGCAAACUUAACAAUCAGCGCUUUCACAUUAAGUAUAUGAAAGCACUGAGGGGGCAUCAUUCCCAAACACAGAGUAUAAAACAAUCCCUUCCUUUUCCAGGUAUAUUUCGAGGGGGACCAACUUCUCUGACAUCCCAAAAAUCUGAACACAUGUUGCACAAACAUACCAGUACUUAAUCGUUGCUGUGAUAAUGAGUUAUUGUGUGUUUUUUCUAAAAUGAUGAUAUUUGUUUAUACUGUGCAGGAGGCAAAGCUGCAGCAGAGCCGCGUGCAGCUUCAGGAUGUUCUGAGGGAAAGAGACACACUUUUGGGUCAGGUAUGUCAUGUAUCCUUCACUAACAUACAUAAAUCACCUUUUAGAAAAGUUCAUUACUCUUCCUUUGCUUCCUUUUAAAAAUCAUUGAGUUCAAGGUUCAAAGUAGCUUUAUGUUCAGUUCUGCAAUAUGUGUAACACAUACAAAGAAUUGAAAUUGCUUUACUUAAGGGUUCACAGUGCUAUGGUAAACAUUCAGUCUAUAAAGGUUCAGUAUAAAAAUAAAAAGAAUAAAAGUACAAAUCAAUUGUGAAAAUAUCAAAAAGAAUAGACACACUACAGUCAUAGUGUAACACAAGUCAUUGAUCCUCUAAACACACAAUAGCCCUCAUUUAUCAAGCUUGCGUAGAACUGAGCGCAGAUCUGAGUGCAGGAUUCAUAGUAUGAUAGGAUGAAUGUGAGAUUUAUGAAAUGGUUCGUAUCUGACCAAUCCCAGCGUACGUAUGACCGGGUCUUGAUAAAUGCAGCGGCUGAAAUCAAUCAUCAUUAACAUGUUUACGCCCUUAAAUAUUCGUGGUUCAGAAGCCUCGUCCACUGAGGUCAAACAUGAAAGAGGAGAAAUAUCAGAAAGAUUAGAAACUAUUCCGAGCUGAAAGUGGAUAUCCUCACAUCUGUGGUGGAAACUAACAAGGAUUUUCUCUUUGGAAGCAUCAAAACUGGUAUAAAAGCAGUCCAGAAAACUCCUGUCUGGAGCAGGAUUAUGGUGGCAGUGAACAGCGCUGCCGCGGAGUAGCGGACAGUGGCUAAAGUUUGAAUAAAUUAUUAGUCAAUAGGUUGCUUAUGAUGAUAAAUUAAUAUCUCAUACAUGCCUCAUAUUCUUUUUAUUUAAUCAAUCAAUCACUUUAUUUAUAAAGCACUUUUCAUACAUAAACUUGUAUCACAAAGGGCUGUACACGAGAAGGAGAGGAUCAGGGGAUACAAGAUAAAAUACAAAAUAAAACACAAACUGCAAAAACCCCACCCACCAACCCACCCUCCAAGCCCGCAUUUAACAGAGACCCCCCCCCCACCCACCCACACACACACCCACACACACACACACACACACACACAACCAUCGGGACACCAAGUCAGGGCUCAACAGGAAGCCACAGAGGACCAAGGAAAUGCUAUCUUAAACUAAAAUGGGGAAACACAGGAGCUGAAGCUAAGCUGAUAAAGCAUGACAAGAUAUAAAAAAUAAAGUGUAAGAUAAUAAUUCUAGGACUAAAGUGGAGUAAAAUACUGAAAAGAGUAGACUAAAAGAGAGGCUAGAGGAAUAAAACAUUAUUGCCAUGACAUAGGGUACGUUACGCCUAUUAUUGAAAGUAUUUAGUUUUAAUUUGUUGCUUCUUUGUAAUGUAGAGCAGACUGGAGAGUCUGACAGAGGCUGAACGAAAAUAAUUAUUAACCUCACCAAACGGUGUGUUGCUGCCCCUGAGGCACAUUUUUAUGGAAUUUCUAUUGGAUUUUUAUCACUGAAUAAAUAGCAAGAGCACUUUCUAAACUUAUACUUUACAUGUCAGAAUCCAUGGAUAAGGUCCUGUCUCCUCUGUACAGCACCUCUGUGGAGUCUCUCCUCGUUAUUGUUCUCCGGGCAUCAGGUCCUCAUGUUGCACCGGCACAGCCAACGGCACUCCAUUCACCAGUGCAACAUUGUGCAAACCUGUACCAGCCCAAAUGAUGUCCCACACCCUUUCAGAAGUGUACAACAACGUCCCCGCUUCUGGGCCAAGACAGAGACACCUGCCUUUUAGGAGUCAAAUGCAGCGCUCCACAGUGGCUCGUGUGCAUGUGUGCGCAAUGUUAAAACAGCGAGUUAUCAAAUAGGCCUAUUCACUAAGGACAUAACAAAUUUAUUUCAUUUUAUUUACGUCUUAAUCUUAAAUGGAAUCUGGCUGCUUGUGCUUAAUGACAGGUUUGAGGUCUGUAUAUCAAUUAUUUUGAGACAGACAUUUGCUGCACCGUCGCAACUUACAUACGCAAGGUGUACGUAAGUUUUCUGCCGUAUGCAAGCUUGAUAAAUGGGGGCCGAUAAGUUUUGUAGUGAUGAAGGUACAGAAGAUAACAACUAUAUUUAACAGCAGCUGUGCAUUAUGGGAGUGACUGUCAUGUGGUGUGUUUCAGCUGCGUUCACAGAGCAACAAAAACCAGCGAAGCAUCCACAAACUGAACGAGAAGCUACAGCAGCUCAGCAGCUCCAUGCAUGAUUCCAAUCAGCUGACUGCAGAUCAGCUGAAGUCAGCCAUUGAACAAUUGAGUGAUCUGAACCACAUGGUGGAGCUGCUUCACACAAACUCUGAGCAGGUAAUGUCAGUUCUAUGUAAUUUUAUUUAUGUGGUUAAUUUAAAAGGCCCCCCUGGGUUGAUGAAGUUAAUCUCUAAUGUCUUAUUUUAAAAUGUUUUUUUCCAUACAGUGCGGUGGCUUUAAGGAGAGCCACAUAAAAGCUAUUUCUAUUGAAAGCUCUCCUGUGGAAAUUUCAGUUUGAAAUGGUUUAGCGCCCUCUGUGGACAAAGUGAUACCUUGACUUUCUUUCCUGUCAUGUCUUGUACAUACAAAGUGAACCUCUUUUCUUUUGAAGGUCUUCUUUCCUGUUGCAGUGAAAUGCGUCACAUACUUUGAAUAUUUGCUGCAGAAAAUGGAAACCAAAUGCUCCAUUGUCUUGAAGGUGGCAUUUAAGUUCAGUAUUUUAUGGGUUUUUAUAAUGCCGUUCAUUUAGCAGUUUACAAUCUGCUCUCUUUUGUCUUUCAGUGUUGACAGUUAGUAGAUGGAGUGGGGUUUUUUAGUGUCAUGUGGCCACUUUUACCUAGUAUCAGCGUUAAAAAGUGAAAUUAUCAUGGUCAGUCAGUGUUUUUAUGUAAAACAUUUGAUGGUUGUUUUCAUUUAAUUCAGAUCUAAAAAUAGAAAAAAACUGCCUUUGAACCGUCAAAGUUCACUAGAGAAUCUUUUCUUUCUGUUUGUGUCAGAACUCAACGGACGAGCACGAGGUCAGCGUCGACUCACCCACACUGAAGUCUGAACACAAACAUGACGUAGAGGAGCUGAAAGCUGAGCUGACCAAAGCUCAGAGACACACACACAGACUGAGAAAGAAGCUGGACCAGACUAGGACCAGGACCAGGACCAGGACUGGAAAUGGAGGACAGUGGUGCUUCAUACCUCCUGGACACAGCGUGAGGCUUUAAAGCUUUUCGUAAAGCUUAAACACUGACACACACACUGAUGUUAUUCGCGUGGUGUUAUCAGCCGUGAGUGUCUGCACAUGGCAGUCAGAAACAAAAGUGAAAAAAGUUAUUAAUAAAAAUGGGAUAACCCAUGCAUUAUGUGACACUGAAGUUUCUCUGUCUCUCAGGAUCCCUGUCUGGAUUCUCAGGGGACUCAGGACUCUGGUUUGGGCCUGCAUAACCUCACCUCUCCUGAACGGGGGCAACAGCAGGACAGACCGCCCACAGGAGGAGGGUACUGGGUUUACAUUCCUCCAGCACACACUGACUCAGGAACAGGUACAAUCACAUGUUUAACCCUAUUUUUACAAAACAGUGGGUAUGUAAGUGUAGGUGUAAGUGCAGGCGUCUCCUAACCUGUAAAACCGUCUCCAGCUGCAGCAGCAGAGUGGAGGGACAGCGGAGGAGGCAGUGACGCUGCUAGGAGCCCCAGAAGACACACACCCCCUCCUUCUCCUCCUGUCCCAGAUACAGCUGCUCCUGCUGGGCUGUCUGAUAGUCACACUCCUGUGGUGGGACCUGCCUGGCUGCUUUAUGAAUCACCCUCAGCUGUUGUUUACGGCUCUCCAGCAGGAGGCGCUGUGCUGCACUGUAACAUCCCAGAACACAAAGACAAGGUGAGGUUGAGUCAAGGAAAUCUGGUUUAUCUUCCAUCAACCACAAAAAAAAAAAAAAAAAACUCAACAAAGUAUUCAAUUUGUUUUGAGGGUUAAUGAGGGAUGGAUCUGAAAACAUCAAGACAAUAUCAUCUUACAUCAGCAGAAUAAUCAAAUAAUUCAAUUGUAGUUGAAAAUAACAUGAACAAAAUCCAAAUGGCAGCUAAUACAGAUAUAGCUCAGAGAAGUAUGUUAUAGUAGUAGCAUUUUAAAAACUUCUCACACCACAUUUAAAUUGAUACUGUUGUAUUGUCAAUUAUUUCAUAAGAGCUUAGAUAAAUUUAUGCAAUCUUCAUUAGUGUAUUUUUAUUUAAGCGUGUGUGUGUGUGUGUGUGUGUGUGUGUGUGUGUGUGUGUGUGUGUGUGUGUGUGUGUGUGUGUGUCAGGAGGUGGACCGGUGUGAGUGUGAGUGUAUUCACAGAAAAGCAGAGAGACUGGAAGUAAAGAGGAAGAAACUGCUAAAGGAAACCAGACAACUGCGACGAAGCAGGUUAUUCACCCACAGUUUAUAACUUCUUUUAUGCUAACUGUUUGUUUUUGGUAUUGUGUGUGUUGAUCCUGUUAUUACUUUUAUCUUGUACAUGCCAUCUUCUUUUCAUUUUGUUUUAAUUUACUUUGAAUGACUAAAACAACAUCUGUGUUCACAAUCUUCCCAAAGAUACAACCUCAAAUCCAAAAACAACCUGAGACGUCUGAAAAGAGACAUGAUGGGGGGUAGGGGGACACCGACCAAAGAGGGAUGGAGACACAGUUGACUUUUAACAAUCAAUAAACUGGUCUAAAGAAGAGGAAGAACUUUAUUGAUCCCUGAAGGGAAAUUCACACAGGACCCAGCUCAUUAUUCAGUGUGUGUGUGUGUGUUUGUGUGUACAGAAGCGUGAGGCAGGUGUGUGAUGAGGUGGAGUGUGUGGAAGAAACUCUGCUGAAGAGACGAGCUGAACUUCGGCAGGCUGACAGGCUGCUGCUGGAGGCUCAGAGCAGCAUUCACACCUCCAGAGACAAGGUACACACACACAUGUACACACACACACACACACACACACACACACACAGAGUAACAUUUCUCCCUGUACCUCACUCAUGACAAAUAAUCUGAUCCUGCUCCUGUGGUCACUUCAGGCCAGUUCAGCUCAGCAGGAGGCCGACAUACUGCUGCAAACAGCUCAGGACAGCGCCAUCUGUCUGCUGGAGGCCACACAGCAAAUGAGGUGAACUCCUUCUGAUCCACCUCUGACCUCCAGACUCAGAUAAAGGUUUCUGAUUCUUUGUCAUCAUCUUCAUCAUUGGCUUUAAUUGUCCUCAGAGAGCUGCAGGAGGAGGUGGAGGAGCUGGAGAGAAGGAGGCAGGAAAAGGUGGGCUCUCUGAAGGAGGUGAAGGAGGCACUGAGGAGCAGAAGAGAGGAGUUUCAGAGGUUUGGAACAGAAAUACACUCAGCUACAGACAGGUACACAACAGACCAUCAGCUGUGAGAAGCUUCUAUAGAUCAGGACCAUAGACAGUAUAUAGAAUGGACAGAGUCUGCCUCUUUACUGAGUGAAACCACCAUUUGAACAGCACCCUCUGGUGACGGGCUGCAGUAUAGGUCAUAUAUCCCGCCUCCUCCAGCAAAGCUUAUGGGGCUGUGGACAAACUUCAGAAAUUUAUUACACAGAAUAUAUAUAUAUUUCCCCCCCCCUGGUUGCGAUGUUGACAUGUAGUUUUAGUAAGACUGGUUUGUGCUCAAGUCCUCUUUUUUUCUGUGCAGUUCCAUUUUUAAAAGUUAUUAGGGGGUUCAUGUUUUCUAUGAUUGACACCUGAUACAGCCUAUGGGCACAUGGGGGAUACGCUGUUUGAGCCGAGCAUCAUGCUAGCGACUCUCGGCGACUCUCCCGCCGAAUGCGUACAAUACUACUGCGCAGUGUGGGUUUCAGGAAGUGGAGAAAAAAACAUGGAAUUACCGAGAGCUUUUCGGCUUCAAAUCCGUAUACUGGUGGAAGGCAGAACCAAGUUGUCCAUAAUAUAUACAAUCUAUGAUCAGGACACAUUUUGAAUAAAGCCAUUUAUUCAACUCCUGACCCUUGUGUUUGUGUAUUUGUGUGUUCAGAUUGACUCAUGUGCUGUCAGAACUUAAGGAGUCUCAAAAGCAUCUGCACUCAGUCAGUUGUCAGGUAACUUUUAUCUUUUAAAUUUUUUAUGUCAUCUAUUGUUCUCACAUAAUUCAAUGAUGUGGCACCAACAUACACAGUGUUCAAUAGUUUGUUGUAGACUUAUUAAUUUCAGGAAAAAUGAAGACAUUAUCUUCAAAAUGUGCCUCAAAAUACAGCAGAAUAUUUGGCAUGUUAGAAUAUUUGUUACAUAUUAAAACAUGUUACUGGCAAAGAUCACCAUGUUUAUUAGACUGUUAUGUGCAUGGAAUAGUGAUAUAAUAAUACAUAACUACACAUACAUACCUACUGUACAUAAUUACCUUGUAUUUUCUUCUUUUUCUCAUAAUUAAAAACAGCUAGACAGAAAUCUGUAAGUGUCAUGUAAUGAUAUUUUAGUGUGCCAAUAUUUUUAAGUCCACAUUUAUGUUAGCAAAUGUUCCUUCAUGCAAAUUUGUUUUCCUCAUUUAUGUAUAAAUUUUUUACAGUUGAUCAAACAAUAACAACAUACUAUCAGCAUUAUAUAUCAGCCAUCAGAGGACCUGCUCCAUUAUUAUCACCACUGUCAGUUGAAGGACUGAUACCAGUCAACCACUUUGAGGCUUUACUUGAUUGGAAUACUUGCCUGGUGUUGUUUUUUUCCAGUCUUAGAAAUAAUCACACUGGCUGCUGUAAAUAAAGUUCAAUCCAUGAAAGUUGUAAUCUAGUAGAUAAGAUUUAAAGAAGACUUUUCCCCUUUAUUCUUCUUCCCAUUCUGGACCAUUUGUUCUGUGUCUUUUAGCUGAUCAGUGAGCAGUUAUAGAAAACACGUAACACUUCUGACCUCCUGCAGGUGGAGCAGCAGGAACAGAUUUUAUCUCAGGAGAAGGAGGAGCAACAAACAGCAGUAAGAAGACUGGAGGAGGUCAGAGAGGAGGAGCAACUACUGCAGAACAAAGUCAAGGUGACCAGAGGGGAGCAGGAGGGAUGUUAUUGUUCUUUUUACUGCACAGACAAAGGUUUUAUCAAAAGUAUAAAAAGCUUUCAGUUUGUGACAACCUGUGGGAGCCUGACUUUUACCCCCAAAAAUAGACUCCAUCCUUCAGAAGCUUUUGAUAAGAAAAAGUGAACAAAACAAGACGCCACAAGGUUUUUUUAAGAUGCGAUACAUGUAAAUGAUUAAAAGAGACAGACGACAAGUUAGUUGUAGUUUAAUCGUAGUAAAUUCGUCUAUCAGCAAACUGUUGUGCGUGUCUGUGCAGGAGCUGUUGGCGCAGCAGGAGGUGCUUUUGAGUGAGCGGAGGUCCACAGUCGUUGCUUUGAAAGAGGAGGAGCAGAAACUGAUCACGGUGCAGUCUGAUCUCAGCACACACAGAGCAGGUAACAACACAAACACAAUAAUGAACCACAGCUCUAGUAUUGCAAAUUGUUUUAAGGUCUAGGGGGUUACCGUCUUCAAGAGGCAGCUCAUUUGCACAUAAACUAAUUUAAGUUAAUUAAAGUUAUUUGUUUCCAGAUUUAAAGCAGGUACUCCAGGAGUUACUUGCAGAGCAGCAGGCACUGGAGGAUGUGCAAAUCAAACGUACCCACAGUAUCGAGCGACUCCACAAGAAGCAGGAUCAGCUGGGCAGAAUACAAGAAGAGGUGGACAGGACAAAAGAGGAACUGGCAAAGACAAAGGAUGAAUUAGACGUAAAAAAGGAUGAACUGGACAGGAAGAAGGCUGAGGUGAACGAGAUGAGAGAUGAGCUGUUCAAGGUAAAAGAUGAAGCUGACAAGAAAAAGGAUGAGCUGGAAAAGAUGAGAGAGGAGGCACUGUGGAAGAAGAAUGAAGUGGACAGACUGCAGGAGGAUGUGGAGGAGAAAAGAGGAGAGCUGACUGAGCUGCAGCAAGAGGUGGAGUCAAAGAGGGAAGAGACAGUGAGACUUUUGAUGGAGACAAAACAACAGCAGACAGAGCUGCAGGUGAGCGGGAAUGAUUGAAGAUGCAGGUAGAGAUAGAUUUUCUUUCUGCACACUCCAUCGUUCACAGAUGAGAUUUGACCUGAAAGCUGAACAUCAUAAAUGCGUUGUGAUAUGCUGUUAAAUUAAAAAGAAACUCAAUAGAGUUUAUUUCUAGAGCACAUUUCAGCACCAGAGCGAUUCAAAGUGCUUUAGACAAGACGUAAAAAAAUCUUUACAGAGGUCAGAAAAACAUUUCAAAGAAAACACUUAAAACUAUUCAAAUAUGACUUUGAAGAUCAUCGAUACAAGGAUAAAAAAAAACUGAUGAGAUUAUGUCCAAUAAAAUGGACAUUUAAAUAGUUUGUUAUGAAAAUCAAAUAAUAUUUGAUUAUCAUAUUUUGUUUUUGUGCAGGAGGUUCAGGAGGAAUGGAGUAAGAGGAGGGAGGAGAGGAGCAGCUUACAGGAGCAGUGUAAACACCUGGAGGCCAGACGCAGACAUGCAGACAGGUACGAUGAAUAGAUCAGUUUCAUUAUAAACAUAUAAAAACUGUGUGAACAUGUGUUGGUAAAAAAGGAACUUCUAAUUGUGUGUUUAUAUUGUAAUCUGCAUUUCUUUAUUGUGUGUCUGCUGGUGUUUCUCAGGAGUCUGUCAGCAGUGGAGGCGGAGCUUAUCAAACAGAGGGAGGAGCUUAGUCAUCUCAAACAGAAGGUGGACAGAGAGUCAGCAGCCGUUCACACUCAGCUAAAUGGUAUCAGAACACAGAUUCAACUUAACUCACGCCAAGGGACGAUUUAGCUGAAGCAGUUUACCAAAAAGCAAGUCUCAACAACUGACAGGGCAGAACAUCAGCGCUUAAACUUAUGUCUGGUUCGUGUUUCAGAGAACUCUGAGCUGCUGUCUUUGCUGAGUGAACGAGUGGAGGAGAGAAAGAAACAGCUGCAGACUCUGGAGCAGGUAAAAACACACAGAGAGGCUGCUUUCUCUUACCAGGUGAAGUUUCUUCAUGAUGAAUGUUUUUCUGCUCUGAAGGAGGUGAAAGUGUGCAGCGGGCAGCAGGAGCAGAAAGAAGAACAGCUGAAGGAGCUGGACGGACAGAUACGACACAAACAAGUAAAAUAUGUCAACUGUUUGGCCUGAUUACAGGCUACAUGCUAAGUUUGAAUUGAUCUGCUGUCAGUAGACUUGUAAGUAACAGGUAUAGGGUAGUAAUUUUCAUACUGAGCAACACUUGGAUUAAGCAUGAACUGAACUAGUUCCUCUGUUCAGCUCUUCUUACGAUCUUUCCUCUCUGUCUGUGUCUCUCUCAGGCAUCGUGUGCUGGAUUGGAGGAUGUUCAAACUGCAGUGUGUCAGCUGGAGGGGAGAGAGCGGCGUCUGAAUGCCCAGCUGCAGGAACUAAACCAGAUCGGUUAGUCAACACUCUGCUCAGUCAUAUCAGAGUGUAUCUGCCCAUCCUCACUCUGGGAUCAUGUAAGGGUCUCUUCAGGUCACUGAGGCCUACAGAGUAAAUACUGAAUAUUUGAUUUAUUCUUACUGGUCAGAGAAGGAGCUGAGUGAGAGGGAGAAAUGGCUGAUCAGAAAAGAGGAGGAGCUACAGAGGAAAGGGAAGGGGCUUUUCGAGAAAGAAGAACUGCACAAAAAAGUUGAGGUAAAUCAUUAAAAUAAUAAAUAACAAACCAAAUCAUUUAGAUUUUCUUUAAACUCAUUUCUUCUCAACAAACGUUUUGCUGUGUUUUUGUGGGAUAAGGAUUUCAGCAGGAAAGAAGAAGAAGAUGAAGAGGAGGAGGAGUCAUUCUACCUGUCUAUAGCUGGACUCAGAUCAGACUUCAGUACAGAGGUGAGUCCUGGGUCCUGGACAGCAAACAGGAUAUAAAGUUAUGGAGGAAAUUUCAGGGUUCAGUUGAAAAGUAUAAUAUCAUGGAGGUACAACCGUUAGUUCUCAUGAUCCUGGAGAUGAUAAACGAGGAAAGGAGACUGACAGGGACCCUCCAUCCUACAUAUAAAUAUUGUGGAAAGAAAGAUUGUGCCAAAACUCUUGACGGUUAAUCUUCUUGCCUUUUUAUACUUUGAUAAAGGAGAAGAAACCAAGCCUAAAUACAUCACUUAUCAUUAGUUUCAGAAGUGUUACAUGAUUUCUAUAACUCUGCUCACUGAUCAAUAAAACUCUGACCAAUACAUAUGUAUUGUUUUUGGUACAGAGACUUUGACUGGACCAAACUGCUCUGAGUGAACUGUCACUUUGUCUCUGAUCUGUCACUCAAAAUUGGAGUAAUACAGUAACAGGCUGAGGGGCACAGAGUUCAUUUAUCGUUAGUCAGAUGUGUGUUGUUGUCUCUGCCUCUGUGCUUUUUUCUCAUUUUCAUUCCUAAACUUUUUCUGAUGCACGUCAGUAACAAAGAUACACCCAGGUGCCAAAUGAAAAGGAUUAAUUGUGCUCGCCUUCAUCAGAGAGGGGCUAACACCACCAGGGCCUUCAGGUUGUUCUUAAAGGGAUAUUCCGGCAUAAAAUUAAUUUAGGGUCAAACACACUAACACUGAGUUAGACACCCUGUUGAGGAUGAAUGUUGCCAACUGCUUGCUUCUCUAGUGAUACCCACUUUAGUAAAGACCGCAGGAUAGCAAUACACAGCGGUCUGAGGAGCCAUAAACAAACCUUAACCAAAAAGUCACUCUAUAACCACAAAUAAUGCUCAGAACAGCACCUAACUUCAUCAACAGUACAUAUAGGGUCCUAGCCACAGCACUAGCCACCAAACAUCUUUUUAACUUUGCCUGAUUUCUUUAGCAAAGAGACUAAACACAACUCACCCACUCUCUUCCAGCAGCUGCUUAUUUGUAGUGAGACCUCAGAUGAGUCCAUCCCCAACUGCAGUGGGGUGACGCAGCUCAAGGAAAAACAUUUCUGAUCAUUUCAUGGAAAUGUAAUCAGGCCGAGACGCUAAGGCAGAAGAACUACCACAUCUGCCGUGCAAAAUGAUUAAUAUAGUGAUUAUUACUUCAACGAAAUGAUAAAGUAAUGAUCAUAAAUGUUCUCCCUUGAGCUGCGUCCCCCUGCUGUAGUCAAUGAUACAAUAGACCAAGGUCUCGCUACAAACAAGCGGUGGCCAGAAAAGAGUAGGUGAAUUGUGUUUGGUCUCUUUGCUAAAGAAAUCAGGGAAAACUAAAAAGAUGUUUGAUGGCUAGUGCUGUGGCUGGGACCCUACAUGUACUGUUCAUAAAGUUAGGUUCUGUUCUGAGCAUUAUCUGUGGCUAUAGAGUGGCUUUUUGGUUGAGGUUUGUUUAUGGCUCCUCAGACCGCUGUGUAUUACUAUCUGCGGUCGUUACUAAAGUUGGUAUAACUAGAGAAGCAAGUGGCCGGCAACAUUCAUCUCUUGAGGGGGUGUCUAACUCGGUGUUACGGUGUGUUUGACCCUAAAUUAAUUUUCGCCGGAAUAUCCCUUUAAAUUAGAUGUAAAAUCAUGCUAAGAUACAGUAUUUUAUCCCUGUGUGUUUUCAGGAGGAGCACUGGGAGGUGGAGCUGCAGAGAGAACAACUGAGACAACAAGAGGAUCAUCUGAAAGUAAAUAUUUUAUUCAAACAUUUUAUACAAGAAACAAAUAUGUUAAUUAAUCCAGGCAAACCAACUCUUAAAAAAAAGUCCCAUAACAGGAGCAAACAGUGAAGAUAUUAAGUUAAAAGGAAAAAUCCUGUCUGAUGGUUUUGACUCCACACAAAGUUUGAUUUUAUUGACUUACACCAACAGAACAAAACAAAGAGCUGCAGGAUUUCUGUGAAACAAUGUUGAGGUGAGGGAAAUUCAGUAACAGCUGAAAAUUCGCUUUUCUAGGCUCGUCUGCGCUGCAGUUUGUGGAAUCAGCAGGACAACCUGAAUCUGAAACGACUGGAGACUGAGGAGAGCUUACUGGGACUGAAACACAAACUGGACCGACUGGACUCUCUGCUCACUCACUAGCCAUAACAGACACACACACACACAGACAUACACACACUGGGUAUAUGACACAUGGAGUCUGAUGGCUUUUAAGGAGGGAUAUAUAUAAAAAAAACUUCCCAAUCUUAAAAGAAUUUCAAUGAAUUGAAACUCAUGAGAAUUCAAUACAUCUCCUGACAUCUGGUGGGGAAAAAGCUUAAAUUCUUUCUUCACAAAUCACAAACGUACUUGAUUUACACGGGGUCAUAAAGCACAGACAUCCUCCACAGUUCAGACUAACAGGAGAGGACCUCAGGUGAUGCCAGUCAGCUUUAGAAGAACUCAUGAAACCAAAGAUCAUCACUGUGACUGAAUAUUUCUGUGGGAAACACUUAAAUGUCCUUUCUGACAACACUUUCUACAGCCAUAUUUGAUAUAUUUAAAUCUUUCUAUGUAAAUGAAAUUCAUAUUUAUAUUUGAAAUAAACUGUAUUUUCAAGAGCG